UGACACCCUUCAACCCAGCCAGCCUCAUCGAUCUCGGAUCAUCUCCAGGACGCCUCUGUCAGCGUUGUGGUUGUGGUUGCCGCAAUGGCUGCUCAGCCAACCGUGCAUCAGCUAUUCAGACGCCUGGAAACUGUAGGCAAGGGUGCCUAUGGUUCCGUCCAUAAAGGCGUCCAUAUACCCACAGGAAAUAUCGUGGCCCUAAAAAUCAUUAACCUAGACACUGCUGACGACGACGUGGAAGCCAUUCAACGCGAAGUGGCUCUAUUAACCCAGCUUCGCGAUGCCCCCAACGUCACCAAAUAUUACGGUUGUUACCUUGACGGUCCGCGCGUUUGGAUCGCUAUGGAAUUCGCCCAGGGCGGGAGUGUCCGCACUCUUAUGCAGACUUCUAAAGACCGUAUUCUUGAGGAGCGGUUCAUUGUGCUCAUCACCCGUGAGGUUGUCAUUGGGCUCAACUACCUACAUAAAUCCGCCAUUAUCCAUAGAGACAUCAAAGCCGCUAACAUCCUCAUCACUGCCACCGGUAAAGUUAUGAUUUGCGACUUCGGUGUCUCCGCACUCUCUGCCACAACUACGAGCAAACGAAACACUCUGAUGGGCACCCCGAAUUGGAUGGCUCCAGAAGUAGCACAGCCAGUUCCAGCGUACGAUAGCAAGGCCGAUAUUUGGAGUCUGGGCAUCAUGAUUUAUGAGAUGGUGAAGGGCGCACCUCCUCACUCAGAUUUGAGGGAUGCAUUCAAGGUCAUGCAAUUGAUUACCAAAGUACAACCUCCUCAAUUGGCCGAAGCGGAUGGUAGCAAAGAAAUGCGAGAGUUCGUGUCGCACUGUCUCAAAGUCUCUCCGAACGAGCGAUUUUCCGCUGAUGAAUUAAUUAGAACGAAGUGGAUGAAAUCGGUGUCAAAGGCAAACGUGUCUACUCUACGGGAGCUGAUACUCCGGUACGAUGCUUGGAUGCAGAAUGGGGGUACUCGCAAUAGCUUAGUGGAACCACUCGACUGGGAGAAUGAGGAGAAAAGAGACUUGCAAGGCGUGGUAGAUGAAGAGACAGACCUCUGGGAAUUCGACACGAUAAGACGUCGAACGUUUCAAGCUGCAUUAAAGGAAGAUCUAUUGCCGGAUACCUUUCCAGUUGACUCGUCACUAUCAGUUCCUACUAUCAAACCUUCAGCACGGUUACCUACAUCAUUGCGUGGCCUUUUUGAUGAUGACUCUGUGAAUCCUGGAUUUGAAACCUUGCGGACUCCAAUGCCACCUCCACCACUACGUGAUACUCCAAGCCCAACACCUUUAGCACCUUCCUCUUCAUCACCAUCACGUGAUCAUGGUCAAAUACAACGAUUUCGCGUUUCCUCCCAGGACAGCUUCUCGAGCGAAAUCGAAACUUUCCACCAAUGUCCCAACUUCUGUGGAUGUUGAAAUGAAAGAGGAAAACACGCCUCCAGAGGAGAGGGCUGAAGCUUCUGCUACUGUCAUGGAUACUACUCCGACCUCUCCUCUUUUGCCACCUGUUAGGCCUUUUGUGGUCCGAGAGAGGAGUGGUAGCGCAUCAAGCAAAGGCAGU